CACCGCGCAUUUGCAGACGUCAUGUAGACCUCACCGACCUACCUUUAGCUUAGCCUUUCAAACUCUUCCUUUAUUCAACUAGAUGUGUUUGGGAUCUCGCCUGUUCCGGUUGUAAUUAAGAAGCUGGAGGUUAAUAACGCCGGACAGACAGUUGUGAAGGCUGACUGUUCAUCCGACAGCUUUACAGAGCUCUGUGUUUCGUGAUAAGGAGUGAAUUUCAUGCGUUAGCUCGAGCUUAUCUAACGUUACAGGAGAAACGGCAGUCAUGGGCUCCAGAGCUUCAUCUUUACUCAGAGAAGAGGACAUUGAAGAAAUCAAGAAAGAAACUGGAUUCUCCCACAGUCAGAUCACUCGCCUCUACAGCCGCUUUCACAGUCUCGAUAAAGGAGAGAACGGAGCGCUCAGCCGAGAAGACUUCCAGAGGAUUCCUGAGUUGGCCAUAAAUCCUCUUGGUGAUCGGAUAAUUAAUGCCUUCUUCCCAGAGGGUGAGGAUCAGGCGAACUUUAGGGGCUUCAUGAGAACUCUGGCUCAUUUCCGUCCUGUGGAGGAUAAUGAGAAAAACAAAGACCUGACUUCGGGCGAGCCGCUCAACAGCAGAACCAACAAACUCCUCUUCGCUUUCCGGUUAUAUGACCUUGACAGAGACGACAAGAUCUCCAGAGACGAGCUGCUACAGGUGCUGAGAAUGAUGGUAGGCGUGAAUAUUUCUGACGAGCAACUUGGAAGCAUUGCAGACAGAACCAUCCAGGAAGCUGACACUAAUGGAGACAUGUGUAUCUCCUUCAGUGAGUUCAUCAAGGUAUUGGAAAAAGUGGACGUUGAACAGAAGAUGAGCAUCCGCUUCCUUCACUGAAAACCAAACGCGCUCUGAACUCUGACUGGAGACCAUCAGUGUCAAUAGAGAUAAGACGCGCCCCUGACUCUUCUCUCUGUGGGCUGAUUCAUCCUUUAUAAACAUGAUUGUGUUGUCAUGGUUACGUUUGUUCCAAUCAUCUGUCACUCUUGAGUUGCUGUUGCACCAGAAGGGUGGGUCCAGUGCCUUCACUAUUCUGAAAAGUCACAGUGGCAUUUAUCUCAUAUGUUAAAAUAUUUAUUCCAGCUGUGAAAGCAGCUAAUUAAAACUUUCCAAAUGGGGAAGCUGUCAUUGAUAUUGAUACUGACGGACGCUUGUUGUAAUGCCCAUUUCGUCACCAUCUUAAAGGCCAAAUCUGAUACUUCUAUAAUAAAUAAAUGAGUUUCUAAGGAAUUUCCAUGAGAAACGUUCCUUAUCACCUGUGAAAAUUAUAUAUUUUUAUUUUUAAAGGUGAAGCGUGUAAACUAAGAUCUGUUUAAGCAUCCAAAUUUGACAUGACAACGUUACCCGAAAUACUAACCCUAAGCAAACAGUAGAGGAUGUUUGACACCAUCAUUUUUGUGAAUUGAAGUUAUGCACAUUUCAUCUGAUCUAUCUUACAAUUUUUUGCCUGGCAGAUGAUAACAGUCGAAAAAAUCUGUUAGACUUGCAUUUUAAGGAUGGAUUUGAGAUAUAGAGGGACCAGAAUAUAAUAGAGAUUUGUGCUGCAUGGGCUCUUUUAAUUUAGACUGGAAAACAAACAUCUAGAACACCCUAACAACGUGAAAAAGUCACUUUGAACCCCUUAGCAACCCCUUUGCACAGCCAAACACCACUCACUUCCUUCAGAAAAUGUAAGAAUCUAAGCAAUUCUCUUUAAUGGUGCAGAAAUGACUCGCUUCACAUUUUCAACUCUUGUUCAUUCAGUCCAGUCAAUUUCAAAACUAACCAGUGGUUUAAUGUUGGGUGUGAUUUGUUCUAUAUGACGUAUGCUCUCAGAGUUGUCAUGCAUCAUUAUUUAUAAGAAGGGUACUUGGAAUCAAAAGUCACUCCCCGACUACAUCACUGUGCUGUUCUCUCAGUUAUUCAACCGUUGACUGAACACUUAAGUUGAUCAGGGUGGCAACAACAGUCUGUUGCAUUUUAACGCUUUUUGUCUUUGCUUUAUAUAUGAACAAAAUCGAAGUUCUGUGCCUGUGUCCUUUAUGGAUAUAAAUAGGG